AAAAGUUCAAAAUUUAAUGAUCGGAAACUUUCAUUCGUAAUUUAACUUAUUUCACAAAUUUGCUAGAGACUGAAGACAUAAAAAUAAAUAGAAGAUGGUUCGGUUCAAAAACAGAUAUUUAGUGUGUGAAGUUGUAACAGACGGCAGGAAACCAGAGUUUCAACAGAUGGAUUUUCUUCGUUGUUUGAAAGAUGCAGUAUCAAAAUAUCAUGGAGAUUAUGGCACAGGGUCUAUUAUGACUUCAUUAUUUGUUAAGUAUUUUAACCCAGAGACUGGGAUCAUUAUCAUACGAGUGAAACGUGGAUGUCAUCUGAUGAUCCAGACAACUUUAACCUUUAUGACAAAGGUCAAAGAUUGUGAAGUCAUGUUACAUACUAUUCACAUAGGAGGUACACUGAAGUCCUGCCAGAAAUUUCUGAUCAGAUAUCAUCAAAAACAGCUAGCUACGUCACUGAAACAAUGUAAAACUAAAGAAGAGAAAACUGUUGUAGGAAAAGCUGUCAAAAGAAGUGAUGCCAUUGUGAAAGCCAGUAAUCUGAAAAAACUGGAGCUGAAUAUAUUGUCAGAUGUUACUUGAUAUGGGUUUAAUAGUCAAAGAGAAUAGAAAAGUAUGAAGAGGCUAACCAUUAAAAAAUAAACUGUCCAAUUGAAAUGUGAUGCUUGAACCAGAAAAUAACAUUGAUUUUUUGGUGACUGUACUGAACUCAGACGUUAUUGUUCAAUAUGCAAAUGAAGACAUGUUAAUAAAGAU